AUGUUUCAGGCUCUGGAUGCUAAAAGAGAGAAAAGAAAACUCAAAACAUCCCUUUCAAAGCUUAAAAUACUUUUGAAAAAACUGCGUAGCAACGUGAGCAUAGGAGAGUGCAAAAGCAGGAAUCUCGCUUCAGAAGGAGCAACUCUAGGGAACUACUUUGAAUAUGUUUUAAAAAAGCCACCGAACCAACUAAGCUACAAGCAGUGUAUUGCCAAAUGUCUUUUUAAUAGGCUACGACCUGAAAUCCCGAAAAAUUAUCUGCCUGUUUUCGAUGCAGACUUCCGAAAAGAGCCAAUAAAUUGUAAUUUACGGUAUACAUGGUUUGCAGCAGAAAAAUUCUGCAGAUCAAAAGGUCUCGUUCUACCUGCGUUCGAUUCCAAACUGAAAAUAACUCAGCUGCUGCUGUUUGUCAACUCACUUGUUGCUUCAAGUCGAAUCAUGAGCAUGACAGCAAAUUCCCCUUUCCGCGUUUGGGCAGGAGGGAUGAGUGUCAACGACAACAGCUACUCUUGGACUGACACUGGCGAGCAGAUUGAAAGUGACAUUUUUUCAGCUGUGAAUACAACUACUGGAAGCAACCAGAAAUGCAUUUUUGUUGAAAUCAAAGGCGAGAAUAACACAAAUUAUACGUGGAAAAAAGGAGACUGUGAUUCCACCAACAGGUUCAUUUGUGAGGUUCCAAAAUUGUGCUUUUUUGAAAAAUGCAAGACUAAAUCUCAAAUGAGGUCACUCAUGAGCAAGGAGAAGUUUAUUGUGAAGUGCGUACCUAAUCCCUGUCCGGUUUGCACAAAAUUGAAAUUGAUUGGUUCCAUUUACAAUGAGCUUACUCAAAGUGUUUUAGAAGCCAUGGAGGACAAUAUAAGAAGAUUUUUUAAUUUAAAUGGAUUGCUUUACUUUGCAAGUGAUGAAACUAUGACCAUGGACGCUGCCUUUUCUUAUUGCUGCAAAAUUCAAAUGAAUUUGUGGACUUGGAAAUCACCAACGGAUGGCUCACAAAUGGUCCAAAUUCUUCAAUCAAUAGGAUACAACACUAACCGAACAUCUGUUUUUGUGAACGCAAGGGAUGAGAAAUGCGAUGAGAAUUUCGUCUGGUGUGAUAAACAAAAGCGAGCAUUUGGUGCGGAAUAUGGUUGGAUUGAGGACGAACCUACUGAUAUUUUCGGUAAUGAGGUUUGCGUCAAAUUUGUGAUCUUGGACGGUCGACCUGCUGGAUUCUCGGACGAACGAUGCAAUGUUAAGCAAUACUUUAUUUGUGAGAGCCAGGAACCAACCGACUUAGUGAACACUUAUCAAAAGGUGCAGAAGGAUCCACCAGUGUUUCAGUUGAAAAUCGAAUGCAAAGAAAAAAGUCGAUGUGUUAAGAAAGCGUACUGGGAUGCUUUUGAGCACUGCUGCUCCAUGGGGAUGCACAUGGCUACAAUUGACACAAGGGAGGAACUGGUGAAUGUUGAGAGCAUGCACUACAGAAAUUUAACCUUUAAGGAAUUUAUCAAUCAAAGAAUAAUGCUUAUAUCAUCAUUCUACACCACAAAAAAUGGUAGUUUUUGGUGUUCGAAUGACAGGCCUAUUGACUUGAACUCAAUACCUAUGUGUUUGAACGAGCCAGACAAUGCCUUUCCCCCAGAAACUGUGUUGUGUUAUUUCAAUUUGCGUUCAGACAUAUGUUUGGGAGAUUUCAAUACUUUGACACCUUGGCACUACGUCUGUCAAUCACCGUGAAAAGCUCGUCUGACAAUGAGAGAAUGGAGAGUUAAGACGAAUUUCAA